ACAACUAUUUCAGUCCACUUUGAGAGUUCCAGUUGAGAGCAUACGUUUUCUGAAAUUGUUUAAGAAUAAAUCCUAUUGUUUUCUUGAAAACUUUAAAACAUACACGAUGGCCUUCCAUUCGGUGGUAACGAUGGAGAAGCCGCUUCAGCACAUCUCGCUGACGGACUGGUACGCCCGGGUGAACCAGAUGCGCAAUGUGGCGGAUGCCCGUAGAUCAGACGCAUUCGCCAUCCGCCAUUCAUCCAGAUCGCUGAGGAACGAGACAAGGAUCGAAGGCAACUGGGCCAACUACGAGACUAAUGAAGCUUUGACCGAUCGUAUCUCAGAAUUAAAUCGCUGGAGGGAUAUAAUCUCAAAGUCCUUCGAGAGGAUUGAGCGCGAAAUAUUAUUGCUGCAGGACGAGAAGAAUGCCACGGAACGGGAGCUGGAGGCACUGGCGGGUCCAAUAUCCGUUAUAGCCGAAUGCCUUACCAUGAGGGAUGGUCGUCUUGGUUCGGAGAUCACCUACGACGAGGCCGAUACGGAGAUCAAGAACGAACUGGUUGUAUUGGAGAACAACCAGAGGUUGCUGGCUGAUCGCUGCCAGAAGGCCUGGGAAAAACUGAAUCGGCUGGAGGAGGUGCGCUUCAAGAUCGGCCUGGAAAUCGAAUUUAAAGUGGAGGCGGUGCAGCUAGACAACUCCCAGUUGGCUCUCGAUCGCAACUCGGCGAAUAUCUCCUACAAGCCGGAUCCCACCAGGAAUCCUAAGAAUUCCUGCUCCUACGAGACUUGGCUGGAGAACGUGAAGAACAUAAAGCUGCUGGCGGAGAAUGAGCUUGCCGAUACGUACGCCAUCCGGGAGGCUUUGUUCGUGUGCCGCGAGAAGGCGCGCAAUAUGCUUCAAUCGCAGCAGGAGCGGGCGGAGCACACCAUACGCAAGCGGAUUUUCGAGACGCAGCGGGCCAGAAACGAAAUGGAAUGGCAGCAGCUCAAGAUGAAGGAAGAAAUGGAGAAGGCAGUGUGCGAGAUCCGCACCUCGGAGAAUGCAUUACGCGACAAGACCGAUGCCCUCAAACUGGCUGAAACGCGCCUGGAGAACCGGGCCCAGAGAUCGGGAAUGGAGCUGUGCAUGGACCAGGCACACGACAUGCUCUGCCUGGAGGUGGAGAAACUGCGCGAGAUCCGACGCCGACUGCAGGUCAAGAUCGACGAGAGCAAGACCAACUUCAAUCUGCUGGAGGAGCACGGCAAGCGGAUCGACGUGGAUCUGGAGAACAAGCAACACUCACUGAUGACGGACAUCAGGGCUCUGGAUCUUCGUAUGCGGCUCAGAGGAGGAGAGUUCGGCUCGAAAGGGACCAGCUCCUCUCAGACGGACAGAAACAUCACGCUCACACGCAUGGAGAACGAGAUUCCCAAAGAUUAGACAGCUUUUAAAAACCUCCAAUCAUUCAAUGCAUUUACCCUGACGUUGCUCGUUGAAGUUUUGUCCAAAAUUUUUGUGAAUAAAUGCUAAAAUUCCAA